UCUCUUACUCUUAGAGUAUACUUGAGAUAGAACCAAUCACCUUUAUUCGUUUUUCGUAGCAAAUAUACACAUCCAUAUAUUUAUACGUACUCUUAAACUGACAAUAAAAAUAAUUUUUUCGUACUAUUUUGUGCUCGUCAUUUUUUCAGUUGGUUCAAUAUUUUUCAUACUGAAUCAUUCAUUUCUUAAGUUCAGCUAAUAUUUUAUUUUUAAUCUAUAAAACUACUGUGUUUGGAUACCGUCAUACAUUUGUAUAUAUUCAACAUUAAAAGUUUGUUUAUAUUUAAAUAUUACUCGAUAACCUAUAGAUUUGAUAAAAUUAAGUAAUUACGUAAGAAUCUUUUUAACUAUCAGCUGUAAUCAAUAUAAAAAUUACGUUCAUACUUAAAUUUGGAUUGAACAAAAAAUGUAUUCAACUAUAAUACCAACCAAAGUAUAUUACGAUCAAAAACCAGGAACUUCAGGACUUCGAAAACCUGUGAAAACUUUUCAGCAAGAGCAUUAUACGGAAAAUUUUAUUCAAUCUAUUUUUGAAGUUCUAAAAGAUAAUCUUAAUGGAGCUCUAGUCGUAGGAGGUGAUGGACGAUAUUAUUGUAAAGAAGCAGUUGAGAAAAUCAUACGCAUAGCUGCAGCUAAUGGUGUGAUUUUUUUUAAUCAGAUAAAACAGCUAAUUAUUGGGCAAAAUGGAAUUCUCUCUACUCCGGCAGUAUCAACAAUUAUUCGAAAAUAUAAAACGCUUGGAGGGAUCGUACUUACAGCUUCCCACAAUCCGGGUGGUCCAAAUGCCGAUUUUGGAAUAAAAUUGAAUUGUGAAAAUGGUGGACCAGCGCCUGAUAAUAUUACGGAAAAAAUCUAUGAAAUUACUAAAACUUUAAAAUCGUAUAGUAUUACUCCAACCAUUGAUAUAGAUAUCACAAAGAUUCAGAGUAACAGUGUACAAGUUGAUGGCCGAACUUGUAUUAUUGAUGUUAUUGAUUCAGUUGAAGAUUAUGUUAUGUUGAUGAAGGAAAUUUUUGAUUUUUCAAGUAUCAAAAAACUUUUUGAAGGGAAUUCAGAAAAAAGAAAAUUUAAUAUACUGGUAGACUGUCUAAAUGGAGUAACUGGCCCAUAUGCUAAACGUAUCUUCGGAAUCGAACUUGGUGUUGAUAGCGAAAGCAUCGUUCAUGCAACUCCGUUAGAAGAUUUUGGAGGUCUUCACCCUGAUCCGAAUCUAACAUACGCUGCAGAUAUGGUCAACACUGUAAGAAAUGGAGUUUAUGAUAUGGGAGCAGCGUUCGAUGGUGAUGGUGAUAGAAAUAUGAUCAUCGGAAAAAACGCAUUUUUCGUAACACCAUCAGAUUCUUUAGCAGUUUUAGCAGCUUAUUUGAAAAUCAUUCCAUACUUUCAAAAAACAGGAGUCAAAGGAUAUGCAAGAUCCAUGCCUACAAGUGCUGCAAUAGAUCGAGUGGCAAAACAUACAGGGAUAUCUUGUUUUGAAGUUCCGACAGGAUGGAAAUACUUUGGCAACCUAAUGGAUGCUGCGCGCAUAUCACUGUGUGGUGAAGAAAGUUUUGGAACAGGUUCCGAUCAUAUUCGCGAAAAAGAUGGCAUUUGGGCCUGUCUUGCAUGGCUUAACAUCAUAUCAGAACUUGGAAAACCUAUUGAAUGUAUAUUAAAAGAUCAUUGGUACAAAUAUGGAAGAAACUUUUACUUGCGUUAUGAUUAUGAAAACUGUGACUCCGAUGAUGCGAAUAAAGUUAUGUCUACAAUCGAAGCCAAAAUCGGGGAACCGAAUUUUAUAUCCAGCAAGUUAAGCUACAGUAAUAAACAGUAUACUGUCGUAAAAGCUGAUAACUACUCCUACAAAGAUACUAUCGAUGGCAGUGUUGCCAUUAAGCAGGGUUUCAGAAUCCUAUUCGAUGAUGAUUCACGAAUAAUUUAUAGAUUAUCUGGAACAGGAAGUACUGGUGCUACAAUUCGUAUCUAUGUAGAGUGUUAUGAAUCCGAUAAAUCAAAUAUCAUGAAAAAUGUCCAUGAAGUCCUAAAGCCGUUGAUUUCUAUGGCUCUUGAAUUAAGUGAGCUACAGAAACAUACUGGUCGUGAGAAACCAUCAGUAAUCACUUAAAAUUUUGUAAAAAGGAUGAUGAAUAAUAUAAAUUUUGACUUUUGUAAAAAUAUUAUGCACACUUAUCCAAAAAAUUAAAGGAACAAAAAAAUUUUAUAAAUUUUUUAUUGAUUUUUGAAUGGCUGUAUUUUUGUGAAAAAUAAUUGUAUUGAAAAAAUAAAAUAAGCAAAUUGAAGCUUGAAAUCUUUAGUUUGAAGAUCUUUCAGCAAAAUAAUUUUUUGAGCCAGGGUUUUUGCGGAAUCAUAAGAAAUAGGUCGAGACAAAAUUUUUCUAAAUUUUUUGGUUUUGUUUUUUAGGUCUACGGGGCCGGGAAAACUUUUCGAAUUAGUUUUUUCGAAAAAAUAUUUUCAAGCUUCAAUUCGCUUAUUUUUUUUUUUCAAUACAAUUAUUUUUCACGAAAAUACAGCCUUCCAAAAAUCACUAAAAAAUUUUUAAAAUUUUCUUGUUCCUUUAAUUUUUUAGAUAAGUAUACUGAUCUUGUUGUUGCUUGAGAAAUGCAAAUAAAAUUAUAAAAUUUGCCUAACUUGAAAAAUAGAUUCUGCUUAUUGAAGACCUAUAUUAUUUUAAUAUAAUGAUCAGUCAUAAUAUGUCGAAUCGGCUAACAACUAUUCCUUAAUAUCAUUUUCGAGCAGAUUUUCUUUACCACCAGUCAAAGCUAUGUUUAAAGUGCUAGUGGAGUUAUAAAAAAAAAUUUUGGAAAAUUGAAUAUGAGCAUGCAUGAAUCAUACAGGUAUGCUUGAUCACGCAGGAUUAAUACAGUCACGAUUCAUGGAACAGGGCUCUCAAUGAUAUUUAAUAUCAUCUCAAACAGGAUCGCAAACUUUGUAAUAAAAAAUGUUAUUAUUAGUGUAAAACAAAAGAAGUGAAUUUUCUUUGCCUUAUAUUUAUAAAAUACAUUUGUGGAGUUUUAUUAUAAAAGACA